AUGGUCAAGGCUGCUCCGCCGCCUCCUCCAACAGGUCCGGGCAUAUACAGUGCCACGUACAGUGGUAUCCCCGUCUAUGAAUACCAAUUUGGUCAUGAACUCAAAGAACAUGUUAUGCGAAGGAGACAUGAUGACUGGAUUAAUGCCACGCAUAUCCUCAAAGCUGCUGGCUUUGACAAGCCUGCUCGAACAAGAAUCCUGGAGCGCGACGUACAAAAAGACGUGCACGAAAAGAUUCAGGGUGGUUAUGGCAAAUACCAAGGAACCUGGAUUCCCCUCGAAAGUGGCGAGGCCCUUGCCCAUCGACACAGCGUAUACGACCGAUUACGACCCAUGUUCGAAUAUGUCCCCGGUGACCAGAGCCCUCCUCCCGCUCCUCGACAUGCCAGCAAACCAAAGGCGCCCAAAGUGAAACCCCCUCUGCCAAAAUGGGGUGCCAGUAAGCCCAAGAAGUCGCCCGCUGUGGCGACAGAGACUCACACUCUCGUUCCAGGCACUGUACCUAUGCGCGACGACUUUGAGAACACCGACUCCAUGAUAGUGGACGACGACACGCCCGAUAAUAUUACCAUAGCAUCGGCAUCAUACAUGGCCGACGAGGAUCGCUACGACAUGGCGCAUGUGUCUACCGGCCAUAGAAGGCGCAAGAGGGAGGAGCACCUCCACGAUCUCGCGGAACAGCAGCAUGCCAUGUAUGGCGACGAGCUUUUGGACUACUUCUUACUUUCAAGAAACGGUGGGCAGGCCAUUGUGAAGCCUGACCCCCCGCCCAACUUUCAGUCGGACUGGCCCAUCGACGCUGAGAAUCAUACCGCUCUCCAUUGGGCAUGUGCCAUGGGCGACAUCAGUGUUGUCAGGCAGCUCAAAAGGUUCAAUGCCAGUAUUUCGGCCAAGAACGCGCGCGGAGAAACUCCAUUUAUGCGAUCCGUCAACUUCACUAACUGCUACGAAAGGCAGACAUUCUCUGACGUCAUGAAAGAGCUCUGGGAUACGGUGACCGCGCAAGAUGUUUCUGGGUGCACCGUUAUCCACCACGCUGCAAUCAUGAAGAACUGUCGUCUAUACAGUCCGACAUGUUCACGUUUCUACCUGGACAGUAUUCUCACGCGUCUAGACUCGCAUCUAAGCCCUAGCGCUCUCCAGCAGAUGCUCGACAUCCAAGACAGCGACGGCAACACUGCUCUGCAUCUGGCCGCCCAAAGGAACGCCCGGAAGUGUGUUCGAUCCUUAUUAGGUCGCAAUGCAUCUACCGAUAUUCCUAACAACGAAGGCAUCCGAGCCGAGGAUCUUAUUGCAGAACUUAACGCUGCAAAGAAGGACCCUGGACCGCAGCGCUCUUCAUCGCCAUUUGCUCCUGAUUCACAAAGACACGCGUCUUUCAGAGACGCGUUGAAGGACAAACCUCCCAAAAAAACUCGCAAGAUUUUCGGAUCUGCUGCCGCAACAACUGUGCAAUCUCGCAUCGCGCCUCUACUAGAAGAAAAGUUUGCCGACUUGGCCAAGAGCUAUGACGAGGAAUGGAAUGUCAAGGACCGGGCUGAAUCGGAAGCGCGGCGCAUUCUCACCAACACACAGGCGGAACUGCAGGCUGCCCAUGAGCAGAUCGCCAAGUUGGAAACACAACUGGAGCCUGACGAAGUCGCCACACAGGUUACUAACGAAGCCAACCUCGCCAAGCACCAUGUCCUAUCACUCAUCACCCACCAGAACCGGCUACACAUCUCACAGACCGCCGAUGGUGAACUGAGCCGCAUUAAUGGCGACGGCGGCCAGGACGAGUCGUACGAGGAGCGUCUCAACCUCGCGCGUCAGCUUAGCCACAUGAUCGCUGAGCAGCGCAUAGCCGAGACGGAGUACGUCGACGCCCUCAGCAUGGUCGGCGUCGGCGACAAGAUUGACAAGUACCGCCGGUUGCUCAAGCGCUGCCUGGACCCCAAGGACAGCGAGAGCCUCGAUAACAACAUUGACAGCGUCAUCGGGUUAAUGGAGGAGGACCGCGACCUGCAGAACAGACACGGCCCAGCGGAGGAGCCGGACCCCAUGGACAUUCCUGUCGGCAUAUGA